AUGCCUUCCGAAAUCAAAGACAUCAAGCAGUUCAUUGAGAUCUCAAGACGUAAAGACGCAACCUCCGCCCGCGUAAAGAAAUCCUCCAAGACCUCCGACAUCAAGUUCAAGAUCCGGUGUCACCGCUUCCUAUACACACUGGUGCUAAAAGAUUCGGACAAGGCGGAUAAGUUGAAGCAGAGUUUACCUCCUAGCCUGAAUAUUUCGGAAGUGGGGAAGAAGAAUAAGAAGGCGAAGAAGACGUGA